CAGUCUACAUGUUCCUGAGUGUCUUCUUCCUUCCAGGAGUUUGGGCUGAAUGUAGAAAAGCAUCAUUUCUUCACUUGAUUGCACCAAAGAAGCUGGAAGCUCUGAGUGGAUCCUGCUUGAUAAUUCCAUGUAGUUUUGAAACUACACCAGGACAAAGAAACGAGUUUAACAACAGCAGAGAAAUCAUUGGAGUUUGGAUUAAAAAAAAUACUGAGUUUGUGCAAAAUCCAAACAAUGUGAUUUUCAACAGCAGUAAUCAGGAAAACAUCUAUCCAAUGAAGAUCAUUGGAAACCUGACACAGAAAAAUUGCACCACUUUGUUUUCUAAUUUGACCACAAAUUAUACAGAAAGAUAUUAUUUUAGGAUUGAAAAUGGAGAAUUUGAAGCAGUCGACCGUUGUAAAACUGAGAUAAAAAUUCAAGAUUCUCCUCAGAGUCCCAGCAUUGAAAUCCCAGCUGAUCUGAAGGAGAAGACGUCUGUCUCCAUCACCUGCUCGGCUCCCACUCCCUGUCCUCACUCCCCUCCUGAACUCACCUGGAAUCUCCAAGCAGACUCUCAGAGACAAACGGAGACAAACACAGAUGGAAGCUUUACAACUAAAAUCCAGAAGACCAUCACUCUGUCAGACACUCAUGAUGGAUUCACCAUCAGAUGUUCUGCCAGAUAUCCUGUGAAUGAAGGACCACCAAAGACAGCAGAGACACUAAAGACUCUCAGUGUUUCAUAUGCUCCUAAGAACACCUCAGUAUCCAUCAGUCCAUCAGCUUCAGUGUCUGCAGGUAACUGUGUGAAGAUGACCUGUUCCAGCAGAGCUAAACCUGCUGUCAUCAACUUCAUCUGGUUCAGGAGCAGCAAAGAUGGAGACCAGAAAGUAGCUGAAGGAGAAUCUUACAUCCUGAAUCCAGCAGAAGGAGGAGCUUUUUACUGUGUGGCUACAAAUGAUCUGGGGAACCAGACGUCUGGAAAGAUUGAUCUGAUAGUUGAAGAUACUAAGCAGUUUGGGGUCGUCUUUGCUUCACUGAAGAUUCUGGGAGUCUUAAUGCUUUGUGCAUCAAUCAUCAUUUUUCAGAGGUGAGAUUCAAU